UUACUCUAUUGUGAAUAAAAAGCAAGCAACACGGACAGCUGUUUUUCAAAUUUUCAAUACACAAAACAAGAAUAGAGUAGCCACAGUGAUGUAGCGUCGAAAUAGUCAGUAUGGCUAUGAGGAAGCGACGCUCCGGAUGGACACUCCAGGACGAGACUGAGCUGCUGGAGAAGUGGGAGGAGCGUUUCCACGACCUCCGAAAAGCCAAAAGGAAUGCCCAUAUAUAUCAAGAAAUUGCAAUGGAAAUGGGAGGAAGAUACACUGCGGAGGAGGUUCACUGCAAAGUGAAAAAUUUAACAAAAAAAUACAGAGAGGAGAAAAGUAAAAUUGACCCAUUUGGAGGUAGUCCCUCUGUAUGGAAACACUACCAGGCUAUACAUCGCAUCAUGGGGUCCACUGCCGUCAAUUCGGCAUUGUAUGUGAAGACUGGUUCUUUGAUGUCUAUCAGGAAGCAACGCUCCGAAUGGACACUCCCGGACGAGAUUGAGCUGCUGGAGAAGUGGGAGGAGCGUGCCCACGACCUCCGAAAGGCGAAAAGGAAUGCCCAUAUAUAUCAAGAAAUUUCUGUGGAAAUGGGAAGAAGAUACAGUGCGGAAGAGGUUCAUUGCAAAGUGAAAAAUUUAACAAAGAAAUACAGAGAGGAGAAAAGUAAAAUUGACCCCUCUGGCGGUAGUCCCUCUGAAUGGAAACAUUAUCAGGCAGUACACCGCAUCAUAGGGUCAACUGCCGUCAAUUCGGCACUGUAUGUUAAGACUGAUUCUUUGAAUUCACCAUCACCAACAUCAUCGAUGCCAUCGCUGUCCUCUCCGCUUCCGUCUCCUCAGCUGCCAUCGCCAUCAUUUCAGCUGUCAUCGCCAUCACCGUCAUCAUCAUCGGCACCAAUGCAGUCACCAACUGCAAGAAAGCGGAAUUAUGACUGUGAGAUGGUGAAAUUAAUAAAGCAGCAAACACAAAUACUAAAAACAAUUGCGGAAGAAUCAAAACUUGUCAAUCAGGAGAUGGUAGGGGCGAUUCUGGAGCAGAACCGAAUAACGGAAAAGUUGUUGAUAUUAAUGGAAAAGAUAACAGAAAAACUUGUAUAAAAAGUUUUUUUCUAAUUUAAAAUAUAUAUGAAUUUUACAGUAA